UUCAUCCCCGCGCCAGCUCUGAUCAGCUCACCGAAUUCUCAUUACAUCGCCCUAAAACACCUUUCAACACCUGCUGUUACAAGCAAAUGCUAUUUUCCUGUCACUGGUUCUAAUUAAGCAGCCGCAGUUGAGACAGUGAGAACUGCUUGCAGUACAACUAGUUCUGGUGGCUGAUUAAAGCUGACCGAGCCUCGAUCGAUACAGCAGUGAGUGGUCUACGGGCACCAUUCCUCGACUCUCAAAGCGUGCGUCUACCCUGACUUGGGACCUGUUUUCUCUAGCGGAGCAAUUCCUCAGUAACAAAACCUUGGUUCCGUCGGAUAGAGAAUGUUGUGAUUCGGACGCUUGAAUUGUUUUGAUUUGAAGGAUCUACCUCCAACUAUAUUCUAUUCGGGAUACCGCUGCGGACAUAAUCACUCCGAGCUCAGGUCACAAUGGUGCUACACCCGGGUGUGACAUCACGGGAACAUGUAUAAGGAUAGCCCAUACACGGGCAUUGGCGUACACCGGAAGUAAACUCAGGGACGUAACAGGUAUUGGACCGGAAGUGAAGUGAAUAUUGUGAAGCACUGAGUGGGAUCUAUUUUGCCACCAUUUUCUGGAAUCGGAAUAAACGUUGCCAUGGUGAUAUAUCAGUAUCGGUAAAGGCAGACGUAGGAGGAUAACUGACAGUAAAGGAAUUUGGAAGUGUAACUUCAGAACACGUUUGGAAUAAUACUGGUGCAAAAUGUCGGACCAAGAAUUGGAUCCAGGGAUAGAGAUGGACCGCCUGGCUCUGCCAAAUUUGAAUAAGGAAGUCCCGGAGCCUAGCAACGAUCCCAGAUUGUCCCUCACAGCGUCAACGCCAUCUUACGGCAGUACGCUCAGCAUUGGACCAAUAGCAUCCACUGCAAAUCUUCUGCGCAUCGAUCUCGAGCAGAAGAUAAGCCGCCAUACUGGUGAGGAACGGGAAUUAUGGGAUAACCGGUUUCAGUUUAUGCUGUCUCUGAUUGGUUACGCUGUUGGCCUUGGCAACGUCUGGAGAUUCCCCUACCUAACUCAGAAAAAUGGAGGCGGGGCGUUUCUGGUGCCAUAUGCCAUUAUGCUGGCCAUUGAGGGCAUCCCACUCUUCUUCCUGGAGCUUGCGAUCGGCCAGCGUUUGAGGAAAGGUGCCAUAGGGGCUUGGACCCAGGUGUCCCCCUACCUGGGUGGCCUUGGCAUCGCCUCUGCCGUAGUGUCCUUCAACGUCGCCCUCUACUACAACACCAUCAUGGCAUGGUGCCUCAUCUACCUCGGUCAGAGCUUUCAGAGUCCCCUCCCAUGGGCGUCGUGCCCCCAUCGCGUGGAGGGCAACAGUACCGUUAUCCUGGAUCCUGAAUGUGAGAAAAGCAGCCCCACUACGUACUUCUGGUACCGUGAGACGCUAAACACUGCCCCCACCGUGGAGUCCCCUCCCAGCCUCAACUGGAAGAUGUGUGUGGGGCUAGUAGCAGCGUGGAUCAUCGUCUACUGUUGCAUCAUUAAGGGGAUCAAGUCCACGGGAAAAGUGGUGUAUGUGACGGCGACGUUCCCAUACCUUGUGCUGAUCAUCUUCUUCUUCAGGGGCGUCACGCUGCACGGCUUCGAGAAGGGUCUGGAGCACCUGUUUGUGCCAGAGUGGGGCCGGCUGAAGGACCCCCAGGUAUGGCUGGACGCGGCCACACAGAUCUUUUACUCCUUCGGGCUGGCGUUUGGCUGUCUGAUCGCACUGUCGUCUUACAAUCCAGUCAGGAGUAACUUCCUCAAGGAGACGCUCUUCGUCACCAUCUGUGACUUCUUCACCUCCAUCUUCACCGCCACCGUCGUCUUCUCCGUGCUAGGCUUCAAGGCCACGAUGGCCUUUGAACAGUGUAUAGCUGACCACACCAACCACUCGACCAUGGGUCCACACCUCGAGUCUUCUCACAAUACCUCGGAGUGUAACUUUAAGAAACUCAUUGAAGAGUCAGCUUCAGGUACGGGUCUGGCGUUCAUCGCCUUCACAGACGCCAUCAACCAGUUCCCCGUGGCUCCGCUCUGGGCAGUCCUGUUCUUCCUCAUGCUGCUCACGUUAGGCCUUGACUCCAUGUUUGGGACGUUAGAGGGCGCUCUCACAUCUAUCAACGAUAUGAUGCUGUUCCCCCGCAUCAGGAAGGAAGUCGUAUGUGGGAUCGUGUGCCUCGUCUCCUGUGUUGUCUCACUCUGCUUCGGGACGACAACCGGACCCUACGUCUUCUCCCUCUUCGACUCCUUCUCGGCCAACAUCCCCCUCCUCAUCAUCGCCUUCACAGAAUGCAUCGCCGUGUCCUACAUCUACGGUCUGAAACAAUUGAGCGAGGACAUUGAACUGAUGCUGGGUACUCGUCCCAGCUACUUCUUCCUGUUCUGUUGGCGCUUUCUGGCGCCCACCGCCAUGUUUGUCAUCUUCGUGGCCAGCCUCUUCGCCAUCUUCAAGGAGGGAGUAGCGUACGAGGCGUGGGACGCUGAGCAGGGCAUGCCCGUGCUCCUGCCCUGGCCAUGGUGGUGUCAGAUCAUGGCUGUUGUCCUCAUCCUGGCCUCUGUUCUAUGGAUCCCGGGAGUCGCACUUGUCAAAUACUUCGGCUUCGUGGAGGUAAAGGAAGAACCGCCGGCAUUCUUCCCAGCAGAGGAACUACGAGAAGAAAGGGGGAUACAACCCCACUAUUCUACACCAGUGGAAAAAUACUUGUUCGGCUUUAGGGACUGACCUUCAUUUACAUCUAUUUGACCUUCAUCCGACUGUGAGCAGACGAUUUCCGGUAAUGGACAAAUCGGCAGCGAUGAGGAAACAUGAUCGAAUUUGCGACAGACAUCACCUAUGAACUUCAUUUAACCUGAAGCAGACGAUUUCCGGUUAUCAUGAAAAUGGAGGUCUUAAUAACCACGUGAUGAAUAUCUGUAGCUGUUGCAGUGGAAUUGUAUGAGUGAAUUAUAAGUGUGUAGCAUAUUUGUAGAGUCGGAAUGACAGCGCAAAAUUGGAAAUGGAGUACGCAGUUUUCAAAGUGUUCCGGAUACCAUUACCGAAUACCAAAGGCCAAAGGAGUUCGAGCAUAAUUCACCAAUGCAACAAUCAAAUGUUUAAUUAUAGUUAUGCAUGUAUAUUUUGAAGUGAAGAUGUGUAACAUCGAAUCUAUUUUCCGAGCUUGUACAGCUACUUGUCGUUGUCUUGUGAGUUAACUACACUACAAGCCCACCGAUGCAGCUUCAGAACACAGACAUGACUGGUGACGUCACUUCCUGGAGUAAAGAGUGCAGGCUAAUGACGUCACAUCUAGUAGUGAGAGCGUGCUUUGGAAGCCAAAGCUCAUUGCAAGUUAGUGUUAUUCUGUUCGUAUUUAUUUAAAGAACAAUAUUCGUGCGCACUGUCGAUUUCAACCAUAGCACUGAAAUAAGCCGUGAAAUUUCGUCUAUAUUUAGUUUGGUUGUGAGUACAUAGACGUAGAUAGGAGCCCGUGAUGUUUGCGUUGCCAUGCGUUAUAAUGCGUGAUCUUUGCCUGUUGUAUAGUAGCCAUAUGUCACUUGAACAGAAUCAUUUGAUGGUGUAUAAAUCCUAUAUCACCAUAAGAAACCUUCAUGUACAGUGGAUGAGUACAUGGAGGAGACUGGAGAUGUGUUGUUAAUUGGGUUAACAUGUUAACAUGGCACAUGUAUAACCAUUCGUUUCUUUAGCGAUCGUAUGUGUAAUAUUAAUGACCAUUUUCAGGUGGGUUUCGAUGAGGCAUUAAGGCAAACCUAAAGACAACAGUAAGGAUGAAUGAGUGAGUGAGUAUGGGUUUUCGCCGUUUCUAGCAAUGGUCUAGCAAAAUCAUGGCAAAGGUGAGCAAUGGGUUUCACACAUGUGAACGCUUCAUCCACUGGACUACCCAAUGGGAGAUUAAGUCUUACGCUUUUAAGUACAACGUUCACUAUAUAUCGGGGGUGUACGACAGUUGCGCCUCAUGCGUUGUUUACAAGUUAGGAAUCGCUCUAGGGUCUUAAUAUCUCUGGAUUCUCCAUACCCAUUAUGUUAUAGUAGGGAAUAGAACCAAGGUCUUCGGUGGGAUGAGUCAACACCUCAACCACUGGACUGCUCAGCCUACGACAAUGAAUGAGUGAGUGAAAGUUUUCACUGUCACCAUGAGGUGUGCUAUGAAUGGACGUCAGGAAGUUGUAUCAUCUGCAGCAAUAUAAUAUACAAAUAUAAAGAUGUGUUGGCGAAAGGUUUGUUCACAUUGUGUUUUAAUAUAUGUUUAGGGUGAAGCUGUUAAAAGUUGCGUGUGGGUUUUCUGAAAAUGCAGGCUAUGUCUGACAUUAAUGAGUAUGGUUUUACGCCGCUUUUAGCAAUAUCCCAGCAAUAUCACGGCGGGGACACAAGAAAUGGGCUUCACACACUGAACCCAUGGGAAUCGAACCGGGUCGUUGGCGUGACGAGCGAACACUUUAACCACUGGGCUACCCCACCGCCGCUGAUAUUGUGAUAUACCGAGGUUGUGUUGUGUGAAAGGCCUGCCUGUGAUACUACAGGGCUGUGAUAUAACACCGAGUUAAUUUGUAUUAAUGAAUGAAUGAGUAUUGUUUUAUGCCGCAUAGUUUGCGUUAACGCCGCCGUAUAAAGAGUAUCUGGACUACGUCACGGCGUGUCAGCGUUACCUGGGAGACAAGCCACAUGUGAUACUUGCACUUUGGUAAAACCCACGGGUAUGGUACAGGCAAACCAGGAUCGUGUGUCCUGGAUUCGAACCGUCGAGCACGCCUUUGGGACGCAAUUCACAGCGGUGUUUUCACGACUGAGUCGCCGUACCUGUGUAGUGUGGUAGAACUGCAUAGUAUAUACUCAUCGGAGGAAUUAAUAGAAUCGUAUAGAAUAUCGUAUAGAUAUUAUGUUUUCGGGCCGACUACCUUAAGUCAAUCAUGUGACUGGUAUGACAAUUAGCGUUCAUUAUUUGUCAUAUACUGAUACUUGGACUAAGAAAUUAGAUUUUCUGUAGUUCUACACAAAAAUAGUGUUUCCCAUCAUUCUUUUAAAAUAGGGUAGAUAGAGAUGUAAUGAAUUCGUCGUCGGGCUGAUUAGUUCGAAAGUUUAAGGUAGAAAUUGAAAUGUAGGAGCGGAUUUUUUUUUUUUAAAUUAAAUCGUUGACGCUUUUUAGGGUCGGUCACUGAUGAGAAACAAAAGCAUAUUGUACGUCCAUAGUUUAGACAUGUACACCAGAAUAGUAAAUAGUAUAUACAGCCAUAGUAUAGAAUCAGUUUAGAUGAAGGUACAGAUUAAGACGGCUGUCGAUCACGUCUGUGGUAUGUGGUAGAAUGGAUUCUACUGUAAACUACCAAUGUAUGAUAUCUGUACCUAUGCUGUAGUGAGUGAGUGAGUUGAGUUUUACGCCGCACACAGCAAUAUCCCAGCUAUAUGGCGGCGGUCUGUAAAUAAUCGA